AUGCUACGGCGACCAUUAACCCAAUUGGAAUUGUGCGAGGAUGACUUAAAAUGGAUGUGCGAAGAAUUGGAAAAGAAAAUGGCGAAAACCGCGAAAGGUGCCGCUAUUCUUGAAGCAAGUCCGUCGACUUCAACCAAGAAGAAGCCUAUCGAGACCGUCGUUAUUCAGAUGGAGAAAAUGGAGACUGAAAACGCCAUGGUUGAGAGCAACACAAGCAGUAAUGAUGAUGAUGACGACGAGGAAGAAGUUGAUGAGUUUGCUAAUGUUGAGCCGAUGAACACCGACGAGCCUGAUCCGAACGUUCCGAAUCCGCCGUUUCAAAUUCAGGACAUCCUGGCGACGCCGGAUGGCAAUGAAUCGCCGUAUCAUUCAGCGGCGCCGAAUAUUCGAGUGACUCGCGCCGCUGCCCGACAAGUCCGUUAUGGGACGGUGGAGAUUGAGCAGCCGGAUUUCGGAACGAUGAUGGAUUCGUCGUCGCCGUCGGAUAUUGGCAUGCGGCGGCUGGAGCUCACACCGGGAGCGACGUCUUCUGUUUCGUUUGCACCAAUUCCGAAUUCGGAAAGUGAUCCGAUUGUGGUGAACACGAGAAAUCCUUACGAAACCCCACAACAGCGGCCAAUCGGAGCACCACCGGAAAGCGCGGAGCGUCGAAAUAAUUAG